CGCCGCCGGAGGAGACGGCGCACGACUAGCCGGCGACAAUCAAAGCAGAGCAGCGCGCGUCGAUGGCGCACCUGCUGAGAUCCGUCCUCUACCCCAACGGAGAACCUAGUCGUGCUGCACAAGUAGGAUCGAGCUCGUCGUCAAAUCCAGAUCUCGGCCGUCGUUUUCCGACGGGAUCCUCGAGCGGUGGCGCCGGAGUUCCGUCGGCGCAACCAAAUCGAAGUACCUACAACAACCCUCCUGUGUAUUUCACUCAUGACCCGGAGAUUGAAGAAGCUGCUCCAUCGGGUUUUGUUGCUGACAGCAUCUUGAGGGGUUUUGAUCUGAACAAUGCUGCACCAGAAACAAGUUCUGCACCAGAAAGCAGUGCUGCUGGAAAAUUUGUACCAGGACCUCACAGUGGGCAAGCUGGUUCUGCUGCAAGUGUAGCUCAGGAUUAUGAUGAAGAGAUAUUGUCCCAGCCUAUGGUACCAUAUGUUGGCCUGACUUUUGAUGAUAUAGAAGAAGCAAAAGAGGUGUACAAUAAUUAUGCAUACAAACUAGGUUUUGGUACACACAUUGGCAAUACAAAGUACAACACAGCACGACAUGCUCCAAAAGGUACAAUUCUGAGCAGAGUUUUCGAAUGUGUUCAUGCUGGCAAACCUUUUGACGGAACAGCUAAAACUACUAGAAGCAAGUCAGAAGGUUUUGUAGCAACGGAUAUGAGCAGCUUCAGUGCGCAGAAAUCAAAAGGGAAACAAGCCAAGGAGCAGAUGGAUGUAAAGGACACAAGGCAGCGGAACAUAGUGCUGCGACAUGACUGCAAAGCGCACAUGGUAGUUGGCAUGCGUGCAGGAGUUUGGACAGUCACAUUUUUCAAUGCAGAGCACACACACCCAAUGGUGUCAAUGGUCGGGAGAAGACGGUUCUACCGAUCACACCGAAAGGUCCCAGAGGAAGAUUUCCAGUUGCUGCAAACACUUCACAACCAGAACAUAUCUACAUCAAAAAUAAUGGGAGCCCUAGCAGAUGUCCGUGGUGGUGAUGUGAGAGGGCUGCCAUAUGUCAAGAGGGAUGUAUCAAACAUCCGCACAAUGCUGCGAGAAGCUGUGACGCUGCGAGUUGUCAGCCUGACAGUUGAGUACUUUGAGAGGAGAAAAGCUGAAAACCCAAAUUUCUUCUAUGCCACACAACUUGAUGAAAAUAAUGCAGUAAGAGCACUGUUCUGGGUCGACGGAAGGACUAGAUCGCUGUACCAUAAGUAUAAGGAUUGUGUGUUCUUUGACACAACGUUCUGCACAAACCGCUAUAAUAUGCCGUUUGCUCCUAUAAUGGGAAUCAAUAACCACACACAAACAAUUGUGUUGGGCUGUGCUCUGCUACCAGAUGAAUCAGUUGAAACAUUCAGAUGGGUUUUUGAGCGUUGGAUGAUGGCAAUGGAUAACAUGGCACCGAAUCACAUAAUGACUGACCAAGAUAAAGCAAUGGCAAUAGCGAUUAGCAAGGUGUUCCCUAACGCUAUACAUAGAUGCUGCUUUUAUCAUGUUUUGAGUCUUGCUAGGAAAAAGCUUGGGCCAAACUUGAGAGAAGGAAAUCCAUUUGCAGAUGCAUUCUACUCAUGCAUAUAUGGAACAGAUACUCCUGAAGAAUUUGAGUUAUGUUGGCAGCAUAUGCUGCAAGUCUAUGAAAUGACUGACAACACACACUUGGAAAACAUGUGGGGGAGCAGAAAGACAUGGGCACCAGUGUAUUUUAGGCACAACUUCUUUCCAUUCACAAGUACCACAAGACGCUCUGAAGGACUGAACUCUUACUUCAAGACCUUAGUGCGACCAGGUGAAUCAGUAUUCAAUUUUGUGCAACAGUACGAAUUAUACCAGAACCUCAUGCUUGAUAGAGAAGACAACUCAGGUUUCAUAAUGGAAACUACAACCGCUCCACUUUGGGGAAGCUGGAGCAUUGAAAAGCAAGCAGUGCUGUUCUACACAAGAGAAGUGUUUGACAGGUUCCAGAAGAUGCUGCAAAUGUCAACUGGAUUUUAUCCGCUUCGAACAGAGCUAGAAGAGUUGUGUUUUGAUCUUGUCCCAAACCCCGGACUUGACCUCAGAACAUACAAAGUACAAGUUGGGUUAGAGGAAGAAACAUACACAUGUGGCUGCAACCAAUUUGAGAUGUGUGGACUGAUAUGCCCUCAUAUCAUAAGGGUGAUAGUUCACAUGAAUGUACGAAGCAUUCCAGAAAAGUACAUGCUCCAUCGCUGGUCAAUGGCAGCAACAACACAUGUGCCUGAUCCAGGAUCAACCGGUGGCAAGUUUGGUGUUCCAGUGAACAACACUUUGAAGUACAACUCCCUUUGCAGAAAACUGAAUAGUUUGGCAGCAGAUUCCUGUAUUGCUGAUGACACAUAUGCAAUAGUGUUAGACAUGGUUGAUGAGGCAAAGAAGGUUGUUGCUGCAAUGCAUAGAGCUAGAGUAGCUGGGCAGCAAGGUCAGGAAGAAGAACAUGGGGAUGCUACAGAUCCAAGAUCAUCAAAUGUUCAUCAUGAACAACAGCAACAUGGUAGCAACCUAAACCAACAGCAGCAAGAGCAGCCAGUAGCACACGAGACACCUUCAAACAACAAUCUUCGUAACCCUACCAGAGUAAAGCCCAAAGGUUGUCCAAAAGAGAAGGAGCAAAGAAGGAAGCCCCUAGUUGAGCUAAGGGAUGAAGCUAAUAAGAAGAGAAAGAAAAAAGCUGAGGAGCCAAAGGUUAUGAAAGAGCCAAAACCAAAAAGACAAUAUAGAAAAAAGAAAUGCCCAUUUUGCAAUGAAGAAGGACACAACUUGAAGGAAUGCGAGUAUAUGGUACUUGCAAAGCAAUUUAAAGAUGCAAAAGACUCUGAAUUGGAGAAGACAGUAUAG